UCUUGUGAGAAUGGUAAAGUAAUGGCUGUUUACAUGGGUUGUUGUGUAGAUCACAAACAAGGAAGACGAACCAAAUUUUAAUUUGAAUAUGUUGCUCAUAGAGACCUGAUGGAACGGUCUCAGGCAAUGUAAUACUAUUUUCUGGUGUUGGUCAAUGGGAUCUCAUAUUCUGGAUAUUCUCCGCCAAGGGAUUUGGGCAUCUAUAACAGGGGGAUGGUUCUACGAUCCACAACAGCAAGUUUUUUGCAACACUUUUCAUCUUUAUCUUUGGGUUUUCCUGCUUGCUUUUCCAUUAGUCUUGUAUUCGACUUUGGAAACAUCAGUGCUAGUAUGGAGUAUGUACUGUCUUGCAAUUGGUGUGCUAUUUGCCACAAUUAAAAUAAUCAACUAUAAGCUUCAUCACCUAUUUGAUACUGGUGAAGCUGAAGUAGAAUCACCAACUGCAGAUGCAGAUAGAUUGGGAUCAGGAGAUAAAGAUGAAGGAGGAAAAGGGGGAGGUGAAUGCAAAGAAAAUGAGUACAUUGAACUUGCAAAUUUAGGGCCUUCAUUAGGUGGUGGAGACACAGUCCGACCCCUCUCAACAGUGUCUUCUCAACUUGAGAUGGGUAAGGAUUAUUCCAAUGAACCUCUCCCAUCACCUAUUGUGGCCAAGUUAUCCAAAGCAGGUAAAGCUCCACUUGCUGAAAUAGAUGGGGAUGAGAUCACAAUGGGAGGUUCAGGAAGAAUUUCCUCAAACCUUGAGUCAAAGCAUGACAACACUAGCAGUGGAAACGAAGAUGAUGAUUCCCCAGAUCAAGAUGAUGACAUUCCUCAUACAAUAACAACUCAAGCUGAUAUUGAACCUACACCUGUGUCAUCAACCAACCGUGAAGAACCACCUGAGCCAUUCAUUGAACCUCUUAAAAGUUCUGAUUUAGCCAAUAACAAUAAGGAACAAGUAAAGGUUGAAACAAACCUUUCAACAGUGGAUAAUGGCAGUCAUGAGGAAACUAAAGAUAACACAACUAUGAAGAAAGAUGCAGACAAUGCUGAACAGAUACAAGGAAAGGCUUCAGGGCACUCACAUUCUCAGCAUGUAGUAAUGGAAAGAAAAGAUUUCACAGAGGAUAAAGAUUCCUGCCCUGAUCUAUCAUCUACGCCAAAAUUGCGGAUGAGGAAAGAAAGAAAAGCAGUCAGAAGAAGUAAAAGCACACUUGAGUGGAGCCCUGAUAAGCCUGUGACUAAAUCACGGCAGUCUACACGUUCCUUAAACAUGCCGGCGUCUUCUGUUGGUCAUCCUCCACUGCAACAUCAUUCUACAUCUAGCAAUAGUGAUUGGUCUGAUGUAAGUUUUGGAGAGGUAGAGGUGCCAUCCACUCUAGACUGCCAUGAUGAUCUUUUUCUAUCACUGAAAAAACCUAUUGGGUCUUCCACCAUUUUGGCAUCAAAUGCCUUGGCUCACCAUGAAAGACCUGACAGCCCCCAUCCUAACUCAAUCCAUUCAGUCCCAUAUCAGUCUCAUGGCAGGGUUUCAUCAUCUCCCCAACACCAAGAUGGAGGCAGAGGGGUGCCUUAUAUCUACAAUAUGUGGCCACAUAGAGGCCAGGAUGCUGAUAGUGAUUCACUAACUUCUGGGGGUGCGGAUACAGCAUCCCACUCCACAGAGUCUAGCAGCUCAGCCAAUUGUGAGCCAGUGUUAAGUUGCAUCAAGUUACCCAAAGAACCUGAACUAACAACUCCGAGUAGUCCCUCUGCUGAAGACUUAGCCUUUAUGAGAAGUCAGGGAGCCAUCCCUAAAAAAAUUCGUUCUAGAUCUGUUCGUCAAAACAGUGAGCUAAAGGAGUCUACUAGCCCAGGGUCAACUGACUUGUCUGAUCCAGAAGAAAUAAGACGCAGACUGAUAGAAAUUUUGUGGGAUCCCCAGCAGCACCCUGAAGAAUUAAGACAGCUACAACAAUUUGUCAAAAUGAAAAAAAACCAAUCAGCAUGCAGUGAGGGAGGUACUUCAAAAGAAAAAAGUGAAGAAGUUAAUUCUAAAACACAGGCCUCAAAAGAAGAAGAGAGUAGUUCUAGUAAGUCUCCCAACAAAGCCUGUGGUCACGAGGAGGAAAAGAAAGCAAACACUACACCCACAGAAUUCUCUGCACUAUUGCCAGCAAAUCCCCAGUUGAACAGACCAACUAACAGAAGAGCCAGGCGUAGGCGAGGUCGCCGGCAGACACAACAGAAAAGAGAAGGUUCUCCACCAUUGGCAGCACUGAAUAUGAUAGUGGGUGAGGAAGGUCACUUAGCCACAUCACAUGAUGACACCACAGAUGGGGCAGUUCACUGGUUUCAGGAUGAACAAGGUAAUUGGAUGUCAUAUUCCUUUGGGGAAAACAGUACAGGUGUGGCUUUAAAUAUUGGAGAUGUGAAUGUGAACACCAAUACAAGUAGUGGUCCAAUUGAAAGAAGGAGACACCAUGAGGCUGACAAAUGGUCACUGUCCUCUAUUGCGUCCAAUUCAACUGUUAUAGUAGAAGAAUCUCCUCAGAUAGAGAGCCCCAUAAUUCACAUGCACCCUGAAAUGGAUAUUAGGUCAAUGGCAAAUAACCUUUACUUGCCUGCUGAUACAUUACAUUCUUACGUGCAAUCAAUGAUCAGAAGGAACCAUACGUCCAACUCAUCCACAGACAGUGAUACCACACAUGCUCAUACUCGCUCUGGGCGGAGUAUUCCUAAGCCAAAACAUUUCUAUAAAUUCUGGGUGUGGCCAAUGAAAAAGUUUAUAAAAAUAAGAUUUGAUCGUCUAGCUCUUUUAGCAGCAUUAGAUAGGAAUAUAUCUGUGAUAGAAAAUGUGAUAUCUAUACUUAUGGCAGUUGGGGUUGGUGCUCUAGGUGCUCUCAUGAUUUCCUUCAACUUUUACCAUGACUUUUAUUUACUGCUGUUUUGUUUCAUCAUGGCUGGUUGCCAGUACAGUUUAUUGAAAAGUGUACAACCUGAUGCAGCUUCACCAAUGCAUGGCUACAAUCGUCUGAUUGUGUUCAGCCGUCCGUUCUAUUUUUGUCUAUGUUGCUCAAUUGUCCUGCUUCUAGACUACGGCAGCCACACAGUCAACAACAAAUCCUUUGACUUAUAUGGCAUUCCGUUCACAAUAUCCUCCGCUCUCACAUUCCUCAGGCACUUUUUCAAGAUAUUUGUUUUGUUUUUUCCUGUCCUGUUUACUCUGGGACUCUUGCCUCAAGUCAAUACAUUUCUUAUGUACAUCCUUGAACAAAUUGACAUGCAUAUAUUUGGUGGCAAUGCUUGCACUAGUUUAUGGACAUCUUUCUAUUGUGUGUGCCGUAGUUGUCUGGCCUUGAUUGCUUUAUAUGGAUUUGCAUAUGCUUCACUGAAGGAUAUUGUUCCAGAAAACAAGUGUAGUACUAAAAAUGAAGAUGCAGCUCAGAAUGUGCCUUUUUCUAUAUUGUGUGGGCUCAUAGUUUCUAUGGCUUACCACCUCAGUAGGUCUGCAAGUGAUCCAGGAGUCUUGUGUAUGUUGCUAAAAGGUUUGGUAUUCAAAGAAGUGAGCACAAAUGUUAAGAAUGAUCAGCCCAGCAAAUCAGAAACUCAGGAACUUGUUGAUCCUUUGCCAGAAAAAUUGAAAAAAUGUUUGGUUCAACGUUUGCAGUCAGAUGCUAUAGUUUGUGUUGCUGUUACUAUACUUACAUUUGCUGUGCAUGUCAGUACAGCUUUCACAAGCCCAGCUCUUCAGCCAGAUCUUAGUGAUGCUUUGUACUUGAUAGCGGCCAGUGUUGGUUUCCUUGUGCAUUAUGUCAUCCCUCAAAUGAGGAAAGAAAUGCCUUGGCUCUGCUGUUCUCAUCCACUCUUACGUGGAAAGGAAUGGAUGUAUUUUGAAGUGAAAGAACCUCCUAAAGUGAUUUGGAUAGAGCAGCUGUAUUUGGGACUCCGUUUCUUUGAGCGCAACAUUAUUUAUACUGUUGUCUGUCUUUGUGCCACCACAACUUCAGUCCCAGGAAUCAUUUGCAAGUUUGGAACUUUUGCUGGGCCUUUGAUCAUAUUGAUAUGUAGCCUAAAGAUGUUACGGUUUGCCUUCUCUGAUACCCCACGCCAGUACCUCAUAAUCGCCUUCACAUAUUUUUUCUUCAAAUAUGAUUUCCGGUGGUCAUCUGAAACAUUUCUAAUUGACUACUUCUUCAUUUCUAUCAUGUUUUGUAAAUUCUGUGACUUCAUGUUGAAAUUAAAUUUUAUCAUCACAUACAUAGCUCCAUGGCAAAUAACAUGGGGCUCUGCAUUCCAUGCCUUUGCACAGCCAUUCAGUGUUCCUCAUAGUGCCAUGUUGUUUCUUCAAGCAAGUGUCUCUGCCAUAUUUUCCACCCCGUUGAAUCCAUUUCUGGGUAGUGCAAUAUUUUUCACAUCAUACGUUAGACCAGUUAAAUUUUGGGAGAGAGAUUACAACACCAAACGUGUUGACCAUUCAAACACAAGGCUGGCGUCACAAUUGGAGAGAAAUCCAGGUGCUGACGACAACAACUUAAAUUCCAUUUUCUAUGAGCAUCUCACUAGAUCAUUACAACAUAGUCUCUGUGGUGAUCUAUUUCUGGGCCGUUGGGGAAAUUACACACAAGGGGACUGUUUUAUUAUGGCAUCUGAUUACCUUAAUGCUCUCGUACAUAUCAUAGAAGUCGGGAAUGGACUGGUAACAUUUCAGCUCAGAGGCUUAGAAUUCAGAGGUACUUAUUGUCAGCAAAGAGAAGUCGAAGCUAUUACAGAAGGAGUUGAUGAUAAUGAAAGAUUCUGUUGCUUUGAGCCUGGACACCUGCCACAUUUCCUCUCUCUCAAUGCUGCCUUCAAUCAAAGAUGGCUGGCAUGGGAAGUUGUUGUGUCCAAGUAUAUUUUGGAGGGCUACAGUAUAUCUGAUAAUAGUGCUGCUACAAUGCUCCAAGUAUUUGAAUUAAGAAAGGCUCUCAUCACAUAUUAUAUCAAGAGCAUCAUUUAUUACACGGUACGUUCACCAAGACUGGAGGACUGGACAGGUAACCAGACAAUUCGUCAAGCUCUUCAGGCCAUGGAGGACGACAGUUAUGUUGAUCUGGAUCCUACCUUCAACAUUCACAUUGAUGAGGACUUUGAUUUUAGACUGCAGGGUAUCUCGCGCAAUAGUUUCUGUCAAAUAUAUCUCUCAUGGAUCCAGCACUGUGCCAACUGCAGGGAUAAGGAGAUAGACAGCAGCAAAACUUCCAUGCUGGUCACACUGUCCUAUGCACUGAGUCUGUUGGGUCGUCGUGCAUUGAGUGCUGCCUCACACAACUCAGCAAGGCAUCAGAAAUACAUGUUGAAUGUUGAUUUCUUCUUGUUUGGACUUCAUGCUCUCUUCAAGGGAGACUUUCGCAUUCAGUCACAACGUGAUGAGUGGGUGUUUGCUGACAUGGAUAUGAUGAGAAGAGUUGUAGCCCCUGCGGUUAGAAUGUCCCUAAAGUUACAUCAGGAUCAUUUUACUUCACCUGAUGAAUAUGAUGACAGUCAAGUUUUAUAUGAUGCUAUAACUGAACAUGAAAACACUAUGGUUAUCUCCCAUGAGGCUGAUCCUGCAUGGAGAAAUGCAGUGUUGUCCAAUGUCCCCUCACUUUUGGCUCUAAGGCAUGUCUUUGAUGAAGGCUCAGACGAGUACAAAAUUAUUAUGCUUAACAAGAGAUACCUAAGCUUCCGUGUUGUGAAGGUGAAUCGCGAAUGUGUUCGAGGCUUAUGGGCAGGCCAGCAACAAGAACUAAUUUUCCUUCGUAACCGCAACCCUGAGAGAGGCAGUAUCCAAAAUGCCAAACAAGCUUUACGGAACAUGAUCAACUCAUCAUGUGACCAACCUAUAGGUUACCCCAUCUAUGUAUCUCCGCUAACCACCUCUUAUUCCACCACUCAUGACCAAUUAGCCAAUAUCCCCAUAGUGGGCGGAGAGUUUAAAUUUAGUGCAGUCCGUUGCUUCUUUACAUCUUUAUGGAAAAGCCAUUUGUGUUCAAACAGGAUGAGACAACGGUGUGAUGCUACUUGUGCUGGGGGAAGUGCAUCCUUUGAACUUGACAUGCCAUGUAGUAAUCAGAUGGCAGCAUCCACCAUUGGCUCCGCUCCACGCCUAACUAUCAACAGCCAGCAGGUUGACAUUCCACUACAAACUCUGGGCAAUAGGGGCAGUCUCAUCUCUACAGCAUCAUCAGCAAGCAAAGUCAACACACUAGCAUCCCUAGCUAAUUUAACUAGUCUUAUCAAUGACUCCAGCCUUAAAGAUAGCCUUCCUCACAGAGUUAGGAUAAUGGACCCUAGUGUUAUCUUUGAUGCGAUCAAUCUUGGAAGACGAAGUGAUGUACAGUGGCCCAAUGAUGACUGGAGAGCUGCAGGGGGUAAAAGUGGAUGGAAAGAUUGGACUCCGAAAAAGGGAAUGGAGGGAACAAUAGUUCAUCGAUGGACACCAGGCAACACUGACCCAACUAAAAAAUCUCAUGUUGAUAAAACUAUUAUCUUAGUACAACUCAGGGAUCAUUUUGUUCCUAUAGCUGAGAAUGGAGUGUUAGAUUUAGGUGCUGAGGUGUAAAUAAUGUUUCAAAAUGUUUAUUAGAAAUAAAGUUUAAACAUUAUUUAUGACAAAUGCAAAAGUAAUAUCUAGUCAAUUAAUACAACAGUCUAUUGAACUAGGACAUAUAAUUUUUUUCUUUGGAAAUGAAGCGAUUGUUUAUAAAUGUUCAGUUAAAGCAUAAUUUUGUUUGAUGAAACAUUUAGGAAAAAUUCAUUAAUUUUUAACAUUGAGAAUAUUUUUUUUUAAUUUAAAAUUCAGGUUGAUAAGAGCUUUGUUUGAAUAUUCUAGCAUGUUAUAUAACUUGCAAUCCCUCCAGUUCAAUUACCAAAAAAUUAAUUAAUUCAAGUUUUCAUAAAUCUUAAAAAUAUAUUUUCAA